AUCCAAUCAGCGGCCUUUUCCUUACAUGUACGGAUGCCUUUCAUUUACGAGUUCAUGAAAAUUACCAAUGAAAAUCGAUUGGCUCGAUUUAUUAAAGACAUGUUCGCAAUUCUCGUAGCAUUAUUUCAUCCUUGUCGUUUAUCACAAUUAAAGAAACACAGAUAAUGUAGCGAGAGAUAAGUGGAAUGGGGGCUCUAAGAAUGGCAAAUUAUAUUUAAACAGUUUUAUAUAUAAAUAAAUGAAAAGUAACUUUUUUAAAUUACUUAUAAGAGAAUAAUUAGAAAGAUUUCCGUAUAAAUGGGCGACUCUUUACGGCGAGAGGUUUUACGAGUGUUUAAAAAACUGCAUAGAACAAGAUUGAAGACAUUUGAAGGUGAUAAGCAUGCAUUACAAGUCGUAAGAAAGAAGAUAAAUGAUGAAUACAGGAAAUAUAAAAAUGUUACAAAUCAGGCGGCAAUUGAAGAGUUGAAUAAAUUUGCACAGGAAGUUGAAUAUGAAGUGCGAACAACUGUUAUUCAGGCAGUUGAAACAGCAUCUGGAACAGUAGCACUGCGCAUCACUCCAGAUGUUCUAGUGGAUAAUGUACCAUACAAAGAUCAGAAAAAUAAUAAUGCAGACAAAGAAAACAAAAUUCAAACUUGUGAAAAGUAUACAACAUCGAAAGAUACGAAACAAUAAUUUCUUGAGACUAUGAAAAGUAUUUAGAGUUUAUUAAAAAUAGCUUACAAUUAUAUAUAGAUUGUAAAUAUACUUGAUUAUUUAAAAUUAUUGUAAUAUUUGUAAAUAUUGUAUCCUAUAUAUGCUGUAUAGAUAUAAAUGGACAAAAAUGAGAGAUAUAAGUUUAUUGGAUUUAAUUAAAAAAUGCAAUUUUAUUUCAUAUAAUUAAGAUAUCUUUAUUUACAGCAAUAUAAUUAUAAUAGAUGCGUAGAGUACAA